ACGCGAUUCAAUUUAACCGUUUUGGGAAAUUCACCCAAUAAACAACCACAAAAACACACAAGCUCACCGCGCGCUCAAUCGCUCCAGAACAGCCAAGGACAAGACCUUCUACCCUCAAUUAUAACCACAACCCCAAUUUGCAGAUAUUAAAAACAAGAAAAUGGACAUUGAUGAUAUUCUCGCUUCCGUCGAUCGACCUGACUUCACGUCGCCAGAGGCCGCCGCGCUCGAUGCUCAGCAACUGACGCGAUUCUGGGUGACGGAGAGGGGCGUGCCGGAGCUGUUGCCAUGGCCGGGCCCGCUGAUGGAGAGAGUUAUGGAGAGGGUUCGAAGACAGAUUGAAAAAAUCGAAGACCUCACCGCCGCCGCCUCCGAUCCCUCCGCGACAAACCCAUCAACAAACCCAACCACAAACCUCAAACUCUCCAUCCUGCAAACAGACCUCUCACGCACCCAAUAUAUAAUCCGCUCCUUACUACGCCAGCGCCUCUCAAAACUCACAAAGCACAGCCUACACUAUCUCCUCCUCUCCACCCCCCUCCCCUCGUCAUCCGUCGCCUCCUCACAAUCCCACGAACAAUCCUCCCAAGCAACCUUCAACACACCCACACCCACCCAUCCCCACCGCACAGCCACAAACGCCUAUAAAUCAUCAACCACAGACCAACACCAACAACCCCUCCUCUCCCCGCAAGAAUCCGCCUUCCUCCAAACCCACCAAUCCCUCCUAACGGCACACUACAACAACUCUUUCCUCUCAACUUUCCCCGCACAGCUGCGGCGAUUGGAUGACAAUGCUGGUGGGACAACUAUGAUCCAAGGCCCCGAGACGAAGGAGGUGGUGUUCGUGCGCUGUUUGGUGGAUGAGGUCAGGAUUGUCAUCCCCUCUGGUGAGGGUGAUGGGAUGGGAGGCGAUGGGGAUGUUUAUGGUAGGAGAAUGAGGUGGGGGGAGGUUUGGAUUGCGCGGUGGGAAGGGGUUAAAGAGGCGUGGGCCAGGGGAGAGGUGGAGGUUUUAUGAUAUUGGCUUCUUCUUUUUUUUUUUUUUUUUUUUUUUUUUCUUUGGGAUGGUGAGGCGUAUUGUCAAGCUGGUUUGGGUCUUUAUAUAUAUAUAGAGAAAGAGAAUACUAGAUGUGAAAUAUAGAUAUGGACGGCGUUUACAGGGCGUUUUAUGGUCUUGGAUGGAUGGGUUCCCAUUUUUGUUGACCUUCUAUACUCGGCUUACAGCCCUCACUUGUCCCAUUGUUUCUCAUUUGCAUUGCCUGGCGAUGGUGUUGAUUUUAUGAAUGGGAAAUAGGAAGAAGAUGAGGGGAUUAAUGGACACGUUCACAAAAAUUCAUUACCAUCGUGUUGAAGAGGACAUUUCUAGUCUACAGCUCGCAAAGUAAAACCGAAUAGACAAGGAAGGAGAAUUAAUUGUAUGUGGAAUGAUUGGGAAAUGUGGGCAUGGCGAUUAACAUUUUACGUCGAAAUAAAAAGUGAGAGGACUUACUCCGAUUCGGAAAAGGUAUUAAAAAAAUAAAAUAAAUAAAAAACCGAAGAUGGGAGGAGCGCGUGCAGAGGGUUGGUAGCAGUAAAACUAGAGAUCGUUAAAGCGGAGGGAAAGUGCACAUAUCCAUUGAAUAUAAAGUCCAGGCUGAGGUUAUUCAAUAUUCUUUCUCAUGCAUGCCGUAAGUUCAUUACCACGUUC